CUACUGUCAUGACAACUGCGUUCCCAUGCGAAUGACAGCUCAUGUCAAAUUUCCACGUAAGCGUUCUUUCGUUUCCGGCAUCGACGAGUGCUAGCGGACACAUUUCGGUUAAUUAAAAGAAUUGCUCUUUUAAUUAAACAUCCUCCAACAUGGUUAAGGCCAAGCGUGAGAAGAAGCCCAAGUCGGCUAUCAACGAGGUGGUGACACGGGAGUGCACCAUCAACCUGAACCGACGCCUGCACAAGGUAGGCUUCAAAAAGCGGUCUCCGCGUGCGAUCAAGAUCGUGCGCAAUUUUGCCGAGAAGGAGAUGGGAACUUCGGACGUUCGUAUCGACACCCGCCUGAACAAGGCUAUCUGGCACCGUGGAAUCAGGAACCCACCCUUCCGCAUACGUGUGCGCCUUUCCCGCCGCCGUAACGACGAUGAGGACUCGCCCAACAAGUUGUACACGCUGGUCACAUACGUCCCGGUGCCCACGUUCAAGGAACUGCAGACCGAAAACGUCGAAUCGACGGAAGAUUAAGCGGAACAGUGUGGAAUGAACGGAGACGGCGAGGCUUUGUAAAUAAUUGAAGGACUCGUUGUUUGAAUGGGGAGCGGUUCGUCGGUGUGUGCGAAUAAAGAAGUGAGCGAAGAGGAAAAACAACUAAA